CUCGCAGUUCCUGCGCUUCGACGGCAAAGCGGAAACUCUGAGAGCCAGGCCGCGGUUCCGUGGGUAGAGCAGGAGGGGCCGGAGUACUGGGAGCGCCAGACGCGGAUAUUCAAGGAGCACACACAGAAUUUCCGAACGUGACUUCGGAACCUGCUCCACCUCUACCACCAGAGUCAGGACGGUUCUUCUCUGUGGACACCAAUGAUGCACUCACAAUUCUCAUACCUGCUGGACACCUUGUUUCUACAGAAGCCAAUCAGCGACAAGGAGGCUCAAAAGUUCCACAGUCAACAGGAACAAAGUCCACAGGCCCGAGUGAGGACCAUGUCUUCUGCUUCCUGGCUCACGCUGCUGGCCACAGUUCUGAUCCAGACCCAGGCUAGCUUGCACUCGCUGCGGUAUUUCUACACCAUCGUGUCCCGGCCCGGCCUCGGGGAGCCCCGGUUCAUCAUUGUCGGCUACGUGGAUGACACGCAGUUCGUGCGCUUCGACAGCGACGCGGAGACUCCGAGGAUGGAGCCGCUGGCGCCUUGGGUGGAGCGGGAGGGACCAGAGUAUUGGGAGAGGGAAACACAGAAAGCCAAGAUCACCCAGCAGACUUUCCGAAGGAACCUGAGGGCCCUGUCCAGCUACUACAACCAUAGCCAUGAAGGCUCUCACACCAUCCAGGUGAUAUCUGGCUGUGAUGUGGAUUCAAACGGACGCCUCCUCCGUGGAUAUGAACAAUUCGCCUAUGAUGGCCGCGAUUACAUCUCCCUGAACCAGGACCUGAGAACGUGGACAGCUGCGGACAGGGUGGCCCAGAUUACCCGGCUGGAGUUGGAGCAGGCUGGUGAGGCAGAGAGAUACAGGGCCUACCUGGAGGGCGAGUGCAUAGAAAGACUCUGCAGAUACCUGGAGAAUGGGACCACUAACCUGCGCGCAGUCCCACCAGAGACACAUGUGACCCAUCACCCCAGACCUGAAGGAAAUGUCACACUGAGAUGCUGGGCCCUGGGAUUCUACCCUACUGACAUCACCCUGACCUGGAAGAAGGAUGAGGAGGAACAGACACAGGACAUGGAGCUUGUGGAGACCAGGCCUGCAGGGGAUGGAACCUUCCAGAAGUGGGCAUCUCUGGUGGUGCCUUCUGGGGAUGAGCAGAAAUACACAUGCCAUGUGCAGCAUGAGGGUCUGCCUGAGCCCCUCACCCUGAGAUGGGAGCCUCCUCAGUCCUUCCCCAUCAUGACCAUUGUUGGUGCUGUCCUUGGAGCUGUGCUGAUCUUAGGUUUUAUCAUUGGAGGUGUUAUGAUGUGGAUGAGGAAGAACACAGCCAACCUCCCUAAUUCAGCAAACAGGAGGGGACAUCUCCAUCCAAUCAGCUUCAUGCUGCCCUGAGCUGCAGACAUGACUUCCCCACUGAAAAUAAGUGUCUGUACAUGAACUUCAUUGUUCAAGUUCUUCACCUGAUGUUUGAUUGGUGGGUAAAUGAAAGAGUGAAUUAUUAAAUUUUUGUGAAGGAAAUAA